AUGUAUAUUGGAAAAUGUUUUAUUUGCUAUCAUGGUGCAGACUUGGGGAAUAGCGCGGAUCCAACACCCAAAACCUACAAUAUAAUAGGUGGAGGAGCACGAAAUGCGCCAGAUAAGAUUUUCACUCAAGCUGGCGCUGGGCAGACAACAAUUACUGGAUUUUGUGCUGAAGGAUUUGGAAAGUGUUGGCGUUCUUGUGGAAUGGAUUGUGUCCAACACCAGAGAAGUAUUAAAAUGACAAACUGCAAAUUUCAUGGACCUGGUCUCUCAGUCAUAUCACUAAACACCAAUUUUGGCGACAAAAUGUCAAUCUCCAACGUAUUUGUCGAUAAUUCUAUUUCAUUUUUGUGUCAAGAAUACCGUGGUAUACGCGGUAUAACCUCAGAUUUGCAUCCAACAAGCGAAUGUAAACCAAACGAAAAUUGUGCAAAAACUAGUUGCCAAUUUUCGCCUAAAGCUAUUAAAUUAAUUUAA